CUUUGUUAAUCUAAAUUGUCCUGGCUACUAUCCCGCUGAGUUCACUGACUUUCUACUGAACCCGUAUGUAUGUGAGGAAAGUACUGUUCUGACCUCAACUGCGGAUUUCAUCAACUUGGUAGAAGGUUUGCCUGUGCGGGACGAUCAUUUAUAAUUGAGUAUAGAUGUGACCAGCCUUUACUACACCAACAUCCCCAACGAGCUUGGUUGUCAUGGUAUAUCACACACAGGUGUACAAGGUGGAUGCCCCUCGCCCUUCGUACAUGGUUAUUAACAGCAGUGACUUCCUUUAUGUCAGUCAUUCGGAAGAAAAAUGAGUUCGUGUAUGGUAACGAUGUGUUUCGGCAGAUCCAAGGGACUGCCAUGGGUUCGCCUGCAGCAAUGGUCUAUGCCGACAUUGUUAUGCUGUAUUUGGAGAAGCGGUACGUUUUGCCGAUCUUAGAGGGGGAGGGUUUAGAGGUUCAGGUUUAUAGACGCUUUAUCAUUGCAUGGUUGCGAAGGUCAAGUUCAGCGCACUUUAGAUAGGAAUACCGUAGAAUCCCGCGGAUAAGCCCACCCGCGUAUAAGCCCAUGCCCGCGCAUAAGCCCAGGGUUUGUUCGAACAUCACAAAGCUUCAUCGAACAAGCCCAUGGGCUUAGGUCAUACCAAGAGUCCAUAAAUUAUGGACUCUUGGCCAUACCGCACAUAGUCAUUAGUUUUUUUUCGUACAUUUCAGUACGAUCAUCGGUUGUUUUUGUUUGCACAGUGGUUUUCAGCAAUGUACUUCUCACUUCCUUGAUACUUUUCAAUAGCACAACUUGUUGUCGGCGUAUAAGCCCAUGCCCGCGUAUAAGCCCAUGUUCUCGUAUAAGCCCACCGAAAUGUCCUUGUGAAACAGAUAGGCCCAUGGGCUUAUCCGCGGGAUUCUACGGUAAUAAGUGUUCGGCCCUCAAGUUUUCUCAUGAACUGGCACAUGAUGGCAUUGAUUUCCUGGACACCACAGUUUUCCGUAGUAAGGGAUACAUGGCGGUGAAGCCUCAUUUCAAGGUCACCAAUCGUUUCCUGUAUCUGAUUGUCGGUAGUAACCACCCCUGUAGUAUGGGCAAAGGUGUGUUCACUGGGGAGUUGAUCCGUAUCCGUCGGUCUUCGACCCUUGACCACCACUACGAAGCUGCUGCCGAGCGGCCGAAGCAGGCUUUCCGGGCCCGUGUAUACAAGAGCUCCUUCUUUCAUCUUUCAGACCCGUACACUAGGAAUGGAUGCGCAGGGAAGAGUUCUAGCAUCCGUAGCUGCCUCAGGGGGUGCCACUUCUCCCAUCAGCGUCGACUAGUCCGCCGAUCUCACUCAGCUCUGCUCUCCGAGCAUUCUGCUUCCAACACGACUUCCCGAAAGAAAAUGUGCUCGCGCAUUAGAAGGAGGUGAAAGAUGCACCUGCAGGAGAAUACAUGCUUAAGAGAAGGCAGAAACAUGCCCGGAUCCGCCAGAACUAGUGCUGGCAAGUCAACAGAGGCGAGUACUGAUAAUGUUCCAGAUUGUGGUAGGAUCACAUAAGCAAAAUUGACACUGGGAGGCACGGCGGUGGGUCAGCUCAUGGCCAGCGCCAGCUCCAGUGGAUAUCACGUGCAUCCAGUUCUAGUACUAUAGUAUGACUGCUACAAAGUAGUGCGGCCCUAAUAGAACUCGGGUCAGGUGCCGAAGAACUGGGGGGGGCAUGUGUCAAUGAAUGGUAAUAACUCCGGAAAUCAUGCUGGUGUAUCGAGGGCGUGGGCCAAUGAAGUGCUGGAUUGAUGGUGGAUGACUGUACUGCAAUCUUGGCUGGUCCCACUAUCGCAGAGACAGCACUUCCUGGUGCAACCACCCUAUCCUGCAAUCUAUAUAAUAAUUAUUAUAAGAGAUUUGUGUGAACGAUUUUAGCAUGAUGCAAGUCAGCUUAUUGUGCUGGGGGCCUGGCUACAUGUCACUAUAGCUUUUUAUAGACUCGAUCACCGCAUUACCAUGAUUACGCUGCCUUGCGUUGACUUGAUUGAGCACUCUUUUUGGUUAGUGUCAAAGGUAUAUGUAAUAUGUAUCUGCCUUCGUGCAAAGCUCUCUUUGUGCGUGUCUUGCAGAUAGCUCGCUGACUUUGAUGCUUUGAGCCAUUUUCAAAUUUCUUUUUUUGUUCAUUUCAUAUAGACCGUAUUGCCAUUUUGUUUAACCUCCCGCUCUGAGCUCCACUGAUGGGACCUAAAAAGGCUGAAACAGCUGUCUGGAGAUUGAGCGUCAGUACUAUGGAUUUAGAAUACACGAUCUGGGGACAGCACUAGUACUGUCUAGCUGUUUCGUCCUUUGUGGACUCAUCAGUUCCCGAAUCCCUUCGCACAAAUCAUAUCCCCAAUUCA